GGUCCUGCAGCAACGGCCGCUUGUCGGCCAAAAAGAAGACACAACCCCAACCUCCGUACGUGCCCUAUCAGCUCCCAGCCGGGCCAGCGGCGAGAGCCCCGCUCCAAUUCGCCACCGGUGCUCACCCACGCCCUUCCUCCCGCCGCAUAAAGCCCGGCGGGGCCGUGCUGGCAGGGCCAUGUCCUCCGGCUGAGGAGGAACAGUGGUGCCUGCAGCUCCUUCCCUGGCGUUUGCCUUGUGCGUGGAUUUGGGGCUGCAGCAGCCGGCUCUCCCUCACAGCCCCUCCGGCGCGCUUGAGGCUUCCCUCAGCAGCCGCUGCCCGCGGGCGGUGCUGGGCCGGGCCAGAUGCCUGUGCGGCGGCGGGGGGAACGGCAGUGGGAGCGCGGCGGCGCCUGGGGCACCAUGCCGGCCGCCUUCUCCGGGAACCGCCUGGGGCGGCUGCUGCUGCUGCUCUGCCUCAGCCUCUCGGGCGGGAGCCCCACAGAUUCAGCUAUGACAACAGAAGAUACCAGUCAGCCUCAGGCAAACUUUUUGACUAAGAUGCAAGGUGGACUUAAUGAAUCAUCUGCUGAGCCCAUGAUAACUACACAAACUGUCAACUGGCAAACUCAGGGGAGCCCUUCAGAUCUUUUGACACUUGGACAUAAUGUAUCUACACUUGAUCUUGAGUCACAAGAGUUGAAGCAGGCAACCAAAGAGAGUGUGUCUAAUGUUACUUUUGUGGAGUAUGAGGUACUUCUACCAGGUGUUUCUGGUACUUCCAUAGAAAAAAAUGUCACUUUGGACAGUGCAACUAGAAUUGAACUUUCAUGCAGAUUGGACAAUAAAUAUUCUCAUUUGAAAAGUCUUCAAGUGAUUUGGAAGAGAGGAAAUGAAACAAUCAGACACAUCAAUAAAACUGAAAACAGUUGGAGCAUCCAAUUGAGGAUCUUGGAUAACAGUAAUUUGGGAAGUUACAGUUGUACUCUGAAAGGUGAAGAAGAAAUCAGCGCUAUGUUUCAUUUACAAGUACCAACAAUUGAAGGAAAAGAAAAACCCAUAGUCAGUUAUGAAGGAGAUACAGCUGUAAUGAUUUGUAAAAGUUCUGGCUAUACUCCCAUUGCUUGGACCUGGUAUAUGACCAAUGGAAGUGAGCAGAUUGCCCUUAAUGACUCUUUGCUGGCAGACAAGUAUGCAAUUAAUAAAAUAUCUGCCAACGUAACCCACCUGAAGAUAUUGAAGCUCACCAAGGAAGAUGAUGGUGUAUAUUGGUGUGAAGCUGCUUUUGAACUAGGGAAAAGUAAAGGAAAGCUGAUGCUUAAAGUUCUGUCCUUCAUGGUGCCUCUCAAACCCUUUCUAGCAAUUGUGGCUGAAGCUGUUAUUUUAGUAACUGUUGUUUUCCUUUAUGAGAUCUAUUCAAAAAAGAAAGAGAAACAUGCGGAAGAUGAAAAAGAAUUUGACCAAGUUGAGCAACUUAAAUCGGAAGAAAGCAAUGGUCUGGAAAACAGUAGCACUAGGCAAAGGAAAACUUAAUCUUGUUCCCAAAAGGAAACUUAAGCCGACUGAAGUGGAAAUCAUCACAAAGCUAUAGAAGAUGUAUGGGGCUAUGCAUUUUAAACAUCCACUGUGCUUCUAAGUAAACUCCUCUAUGCUUAGGAGAAGUAAGAUGCUUUUAAAAUAGCUGUGAAACUGCUCAUUUUACACAGAUCAGAAUGCAUUCUAAUACACUGCAUUUAGACCUUUGCUGCCUGUAACGCUGUUUGUCAUUUUGCUGCUAAAAGGUGGUUUUUAUGUCAUCAGACUUCCAGUUGUUUUAGGACUGAGCUAUUUGAUUUUUAUGUCCUAAACUGAAACUAACCUUGCAUUCACUGAAUGAGCAGGUAGUAUAGAAUGGUCCUGUUAUCUACAUGUUAUAAAGCUGGACUUGUAAGAGAAAGUAUUUCCACCAAAGAAAAUGCCUUUUACGAGUAGAUUAAAUGAAUGUGAUACAGACAUUUUUACCAAAGAAACAGUGAAAGGGAAAUCUUUAUCAUGAUUUAAAUGAAACAUUAACUGUUUUGCAAUUUGCUUUGAACAGUAAAAUGUCUUCAUUCAAACUUUUGUUAGCUUCAUUUAAAUGAAAAAGGAAUACAGGUAUAUUCUGAAUACUUAAGAUAUGAAUUUUCUUAAGAUAUCCGGCCAUAUGUCUGUGCUACUGUACUGUAAUUCUAAACAGACUAAACACUUAAAUACUGUACUGAUGAGAUUUCAGCAGUAUUUCAGAGUAGAUAAAAGAAACAAAGGGGAUACAGUACCAUAUCAUAAUAUAACUGAGAUAAUUCCUUAUGCUUGCACAAAUUACUGCAGGAUCUGAGGGCUGCAAAACAAUUUAUGUGAUUAUAAUUUAUACAAAACAUAGAAACUUCAAAAAUAUAUCUGUAUGGUUCUUAUACAUUCUGUCUAGUUGGUACUUUACUUCUUGCAGCCUACUGUAUUGUGGCUUAAACUCCUCUCAGCACAGAGAAGGUCUUGAGCAGCUAAAAUUCUCAGGCUAAUAGGAUAAAGCAACGUGAAUACUACUAUUCUCUUAUACAUAAAUUGUGACACUGCUGUUAUGACUUAGCUCUUCUAAAGCAAUAUUGUAGUUGCCAUAAUUCUAAAUAUACCGUUUAGUUACAUUAUGCAUUCAGCCUUUGCUUACUAGUCCAAAAGAAAAAUAAGAAAAACCUCCUUUUUAAGGAAGGGAAAAGUAAAGUAUUCAAAGAACUUAUUAUCUCAACAAAAAAUGUACAAAAGAACAGACAACAUUUGUAAGUUACCUAGGGAAGUCAAAGGAAAAAACAUCUAAACAGAAUUUCCUCAAACUUGUCAUUUCUCUUUUAACUUAAAUAAGGACAUACAGAAAAAUAGAAGUUAAAAUCAAUUUAAUUCCCUCCUUUUAUUUUUUUCUAUUUUACUGUUCUUACGGGUUUACAAAUAUCAGAAGCCUAUCAUUGGCUGUUUUGUUGGGGAUGAGGAACAAAAUCCAUCUGAUCUGUGCUUUUUCUGGUUUUCAUUAUUUAUUUUGCAGCUUUAAUAACUACAAGUUGAAGCCCACUGUUUUGUUUGGGUUUUUUUAUUUGGAAAGUAUAUAAGCAUUAAGUGAUUGACUGUAAGGGCUGACCACUGAUAAAGAUUUCCCUUGCUAAUAUACUGUGUUUAUUGUAUUUUGCCUUGGAGUUUCUAUGCACUAGAAAAAGUAGAACUCAUUUACAGGUUUUUAUAUGAAUGUUAUUUGGUUUAGCACGUAAAUGUUUGCAGUUUAAAAAGACUUACUGCUGUAUACUAAUUGUUUGAAACAUCAUUUUAUUUUUUUAGAAAAUAGACUUUUUUUGUAGGAAAUUUGGUAGUAAAAAAGUAAGCUUGCCUAUAGAUCUAAGAAUCAUUUUCUGAAUAAAGUAGAAUUAAUAUAUUUUGCAACCAAAACAAGGCUAGGUACUAGCUGGAAAAAAGCCCACCUUUUAAACAGAAGUGGUAACAACUUGUAUCUACCUUCACUUAGCAUUCCUACCUGAUCUAAAAUUGUGGUAUGAAGUCUUAGCCAACAUAGGAGACUUACAUGAAUAGAUACUUUUUUGGUGUUAGCAAACAAGGGCUGUGCUGAAGGCAGGCAGGAACUGGAAAACCUGGAUUGAGCAUGGAUUUUAGACCUAUGAUGUGUUCCUCCUGUCAGGACUGUAUUAGAGUUUGGUCAAACUGGCUGCUGUAUCUGUAGUUUUGUCUUGACCAAACAUGUUCUGCAUGCCAUGUCUGCAAUGUGUUUGGUGUUUAUUUUUAGGUUGGCAAGUAGCUGUUUUCUCUUGGUAAAUGGCUUUAUUCACUAUGUGUCUGCCGAGGUUCAAACCUUCUUGGGUUUCUCUGCAGAGGGGAAUAAUAAAUAGUACUAAAUAAUAAAUAUUAAAUAAUUGGCAUAAUAAAUGGUCAUAACUUCAAAGGCAUAAACACUACUUUUCGAGUCCAGAUACCACAUAGGAAGCUCUGGAAAUCUAGAAACGUAGGUUUUUUGAGAAAUACAUGUUGUAUAUGUUCAAACAUUCCUAAUGUGUUGCUUUGUUUAUCUGUUUUAUUAUGCAAACAUAGCCCUCAAUAGAAAAAAAAUUGGGCAACUUAAAAAAAAAAAAAAAAAACAAAACUAGGCAAUGACUUUUUACUUUAUGCAAGCCAAGAGAUACCAAAGGAGAACCAAAACAACUCUGAAGAUAUUUCCUUCAAACAGCAAUUAGAGCUAAGUGUAAGGAUUCACAAAAUUAGUUUUAAUAACAAACAUUAUUCUGUAAUAAUGGACAUAUGGGCAGGCUAAGUCUGUUACAUUUGUUUGGCCAAUCUUGUCUUCCAAAGAUCAGAUCCUUGUUUUCUUGCAAGAAGUGAUAUGUUAUUGGUUUCUAUACCAACAAAAGCCCUAUCCGUUUCAUAGGAAAAGAUGAAAGUCUGCAAAAGAAUCCUGAAAGGCUGUUUCCCAAUGCUCCAAACUGGUCACUGCAAAUUCCUCCUUUCCAUAGGUCUGCAGUAGACAAGCAGCUGUGAGACCAGAUUUCUAGUGAAGCAUGACAAAUACUAGAAGAGUUUCCGAACUAUGAGCUCAAAUAGAACUGUAUGAUUAUUUCCUUAGAUUAGAGACCUAAGAAUUACCCAAUUGUGGGUGAAGAUAAUAAGUGAUUAGCUAUAGGUCAUUUGACAUACACAGUCCUGAGGAAGAGAGGAAAAACCCAUCAGUAUUGAUAUUGAUACCGACAUCAGCAUCUGUAUGCCUCUUAACUGUUUUUCAGCCAAAGAAAAUGAGGUUUGUAUUCUGCCUUUAAUUUAACCAUCACAACUUUUCAAUGCUGCUGAGUGAUUAAAAUUAGGAAGAAACUGAUUGGUGUCUUCUCUGUAGGGGGAGUGUUUCCAUUGAGUGAUCUUAAGGGUUGAGCUACAGAGCAUA